CUCCGGCUGUCAACGUGAAUGCAGCCCCAAUCACUUCUCCCAAGGUCCAGGUCUCUCAUUAACACAGUAAAGAGCCUGCAUUUAUCUUCGACUCCUCGAUUUGUCCGGUCCUACGCGAAAGAACGGAUUCCACAUCAAAAUUCCGGCACUCGACUACUAUCGUCGUCGUCGUCUUCAUCAUCUUCGUCACCAGGAGAGCCUUCAUCGCUACAGGAACCUCCAAAGGAUCCAUCACCAGAAGCUCCGCCCCCAGAAAAACCAGAACGACCGUCUAGGCGUAAAACGAGCACGAGCACCGCGGCCCCAGCUCCACCCAUCGAAUCCAUCGAUCUGCCCCCAGGUCUGGAUAUUCUAUGGACCCCGACAGAGCUGCCAGAUGGUGAACCUAUGAGUGCAACCUGUUUGCCUCCACCAGAAAUCCUGGAGGAAGCCCUAAAUAAUUUGCAUAUCACUCUUCAUCCACAAACGCAGAAUCGCGCUGUAUAUGCAUCUCCUCAAGGACCACCUACAGAACCCACGCUCGCGCUCUAUUGUCCAAUAGAAGGAGGUGACUAUGUGAUUGAUGCAACCGUGAGGGAGCUAGCACGUAGGACCGGUUCCGAAGUCGUUCUUCUUGAUGCAGUACAGCUCGCAGCAGGGGAAUGGGGCGACUUUGGCAAAGCUGCAAAUUUUCUUCAGCUACCUAAGAAUCCGCUACAUUUUCGUGCUUCAAUGACACCACCUUCGCGUCCUACUAUGGCUGAGGAAGACGACGACGACGACGCAGGCCCUUUUUCGUCCGGGCAAAUGACGGUCACAGUCAUGUCCCCUUCCAGCGCCCGGGGCUCAGCGGUAGUUUCCAGUUCCAAAGCUGCACCGCCGAACAAGACAAAGAUGUUCUUCGAUGCCCUCGUCAACAUACCUUCCGAUCAGCCUACUUCCACCCCCCGAAUAAUUUACGUUCGUGAUUUCCCCACAUUGGCGCCGACUUCAUCUACUUGGUACCGUCCUCUCCUAACCUCUGUCCGUCAACGUAGACGCGGUCCAAUAUCGUCCCCCUCAUCACCCAUAUGCAACCCAAUGACCAUCAUAUUUGGCAUCACGCCGCCAAUAACACCGCCUGAAAUCCUUAUACCUCCCUCCUCGCCAAGCCCAAAUAUUCUAAGUCUUCUGAUGAACCGCAACCCUUCUGCAUCACUAGUAACCUCUGCCCCAAAACCCGGUCGGACGGAUUGGAGCGAGGAUGAAGUUGCGGACAAGGCGAGGGAGGCUCGGCUACGCCGACGACUCAAAAAAUGGGAAAAAGGUGACGCUUCUAUCCUCGAGGAGCUUCCAACAUUGGUCAAUGAAGAUAACAACGACUCGGAUUCCAAGAGACCUGAGGUCAUUGUUCUUGGGAGUAACAUGUCGAUACCUCUACCCAGUCUUCCAGGGAUGUCAAACCGAAGCAAUUCAGACUCUGUGGACACCAGAUCAACCUUUUUCCGAACUUCGAUCCUCGUUCCCAGUGUUCGUUCAAUUCCAGAUGAACGGGAUUGUCGGGUAGCGCGGAGAAGGGAAAUUAAUGAGUUGACUAUACGCAUGGCUGUAGGGGCCAUAGGUGGCGCUCUCGAUGCUGAGAGGGCUGAGAGUCACCUACUAAGAGAGGCAGAGAAGGAAGAGGAGGAAGAGAAUGUGGUUGACGCAGAAAAAUCUGAUCCAGAGUCCGUGAUUGACCACGAGCGAAUGUGGGAUGACUGGGGAAAACGGGUGGAACUCUGGAUGACCGUCCGUCAUAUUGCCGAUCGUGCUGUUGGAAGCGUCGUAGCGGAUCGAUCAGCAGUCGCUCAGGGUGAGAGACUGUCACUGGAGCCUACAUCCGUUUCUUGGGAUGCAGUCUCCCGUGCUUGGUCAGGUCAUCGGUUGUCUAGGAAUCUCCGGAAAUCGUGGAUGAAGGACGCCCUUCCCGUUACUCGAACGAGAAAUGACCAAGAUGAUGAUGAAGACGAGCCAGAUCAAGAGGAAAAGACAUCCGAGUCCAUCGACGAAGUAGUGGAUAGACUGAAAAAUGAUCCUGAUCUUGAUGGACAUGAACAGCGCUUGUUACCAUGCAUUGUCAAUACAGCUGCAAUGCCUACAACGUUCAGCCAGGUUCACCUUCCGACAAAUACAAUCGACUCUGUACGGACUAUUGUGUCUCUUCCAUUGUUGCACCCCGAAGCCUUUCAGCAGGGCAUUCUAAAAGAGCAUACCAUCACUGGAUGUCUGCUAUUUGGACCUCCAGGAACGGGUAAGACUCUCGUCGUUCGAGCACUGGCUAAGGAAGCUGGUUGUCGCAUGAUGGCCGUAUCCCCUUCGGAUGUCAUGGACAUGUAUGUUGGAGAAGGCGAGAAGCUUGUCAAGGCCGUUUUCUCCCUUGCUCGAAAGCUGUCACCAUGUGUUGUCUUCCUGGACGAAAUUGAUGCCCUUCUCGGCGCUCGUUCGUCGGGCCGAGAUAGUGGGAGCUCUAUCGCUUACCGUGGCGUUAUAACAGAGUUCAUGCAGGAAAUGGAUGGUUUGAAGACCUUGAAGGACUCUAAUGUCAUUGUUAUUGGUGCUACUAACCGUCCGUUUGAUUUGGAUGACGCCGUUUUACGUCGUCUACCGCGUCGAUUACUUGUGGACCUGCCAGGUGAAAAGGAGCGGGAAGAGAUCCUCAAAAUCUUGUUGAGACACGAGACGCUGGAUACCGAUGUCGACAUCCAAGAUUUGGCUAAACGAACGGAGAGUUUUUCUGGGUCUGAUUUGAAACAUUUGUGUGUUUCUGCCGCUGUCGAUGCUGUCAAGGAGCACGUUGAAUUACCAUGGUUGGUAUCAAAUGCGACGGCGAAAGCUGAACAGCCAGUCGAUAGUUCGGAUGCUCCAGCUGAACCAUCGACUGAAUCACCCACACCAAAGACCAGACGGAAAAAGAAGUCUGAUCCUGAGGAGUCCUUGGUGUUAGCAUCUGAGGAGAGCAGUUCAGAGCCUACGGAGACCAACAAGCCGGACAUUGAAGAAGGCAAGCCGGGGUCUGCGGAGACCGUGCCAGAAGGGGUGGAGACUGUCACACGGACACUAUCCCAUCGCCAUUUUGUCAAGGCACUCAAGGAGAUCACGCCAUCUUCUUCUGAAGCCACGGGGACGCUAGCAGCUCUGCGCAAAUGGAAUGAAGAAUUUGGAGAAGGACGGCGGGAUCGCAAGCGACGGCAGAUCUGGGGCAAGGGCCGCUUUGGCUUCACUGAUCCCGCCAACUUCGUGGAGGAGGAUGGCAGAGUUCUUCCCGCAAAUGCCCUUUCAAAGUCAUCUGGCAAUGCAGAGAGCGUUUAAUUAGGAGUAUUGUAUCGAAUUAUUUGAUCAUUAGAAACGCCAAUACUUAAAUACACCUUAGCAUACAAUACACAUUUAUCAACACAUGAAUGUUAACUAUUUCUUUGAGCCUCGUC